AUGUUUUCUAAUGACAACGAAAAUGACAGCGAAAUGAUCCGUGAAGCAUUUCGAGUAUUUGAUCGCGAUGGUAACGGAUAUAUUACUGCAGAAGAAUUUCGGUAUUUUAUGACACAUAUGGGUGAACAGUUCAGCGAUAAAGAAGUGGACGAAAUGAUCGCUGAAGUGGAUAUCGAUGGUGACGGUCAGAGGGGGAUGAAAGACUAG